GCGAGAUGAGAGAAGGGGGGGGGAUUAUAUGUGGAAUUGGGAUAGCGGUGAGGAUCGGUUGCUGAACAGUAUAAAACCUGGCACGCUGGGCCCGGUUCCCAGCACGCGCUGCUCCCCACGAAUGAGAUCGGAGCUUUUCCAAAAUUAAAAAAUUAAAAAAAAGAGAAGGGGGGAGGGAGAGAGAGUGAGAAAGGCGAUACGGUGUCGUCCUGACCACUGACUGACCUCGGCUAUGGCGUCGACAACAUUACAUGCAACGUUGUCUUUUCCACGUGUCAAAUGGGCAGCUGUCCUGGAUAAGGGAUGGCAGAAAGGCGUAGAUGAUGUCGAUCCUGAUGGGCUCGUGAUUGGUAGAAAAAAGAAACCAGAUAACGUUAGAUUGCAAAUCCAUCAACAUCUCACACGUGGCACGAGGUCGUCGCUUUCGUGUGAUGACAGAAAGGCCUUCACUUCGACUCAGGUAACCUGGGAGGAAGCCACACGCGGCAUCUCCUUCUCUUGGCUAUGGGUGAAUGGGGAAGAUCACAUCACCUGUAGAACGUGCAGGGGCACAUGGAGGAGGAGAAGGAGGAGGAGGAGUAGAAAGGGCUCGAGAGACCUUACGAGUCAGUUUGGGAAAGGGAAGCAGAACCAACGGCCCAGAUCGACGUGGAAAAGUCCUCCGUCGAUGUGCUAGUGCAUCGGAUUGGGCGGGAGAUGAAGAGGACGGGCAGUUAGCAGAUCAUCUUCAUCAUUGGGGGUGGCAGGUACAGUACACUGACGAGGAGCGCGGGGCACCAGGAGAACAAGACAAUGCGCACGAGAGUUAUGCUAUUUCCUCGUCGUCGGCAUACCAAAAGCAUGGGGAGAACGAGCGUGAAAGGAGGAGGAGGAGGAGGAGGCAUCCCGACAGUCCGAGCGUUGUGUGCAACCAGCCUCCAAGGGGAACAGAAGAAUGGCCAGAAGAGGCGGCGGGUUAUGACGAUGGCGAUGAUGGUAGCGGCCCUGAUGAGGCGUAUGUUGAUGGAUUGGAUGCCGAUGAUGUGGAAAUAGGUUUGGAGGAAGAUGAAGAUCGUGAUGCUGGUGAUGGGGCGAAUGUGUGCGGUGAAGAUGACAUGACAGCGGAUAUGAACGAGGGGGAUCCAGAAGAUGGGUCAGGUCUUCCCGCCAAAACUCCCCACAUGGAGACCAACCUUGAGGAGGAGGAAACCGACAAAAAAGUAGAUGACAGCGACCCUGACGAGAAUGGAUCAAGCCUUCCCGCGAAAACUCCCGAGAUGGGCAAAGAGGUUGAGGACGAGGAGGAAAACGACAAAGGAGAUGGCAACGGCGACGAAGAGAAAGAGCAGAUUGGUGUGAAAGCAGCAGUCACAUUAUUGAGAUUUUAUAAGAGGGAGAUAUCUCCUUGGAUCCCUGGGAGUUGUCGGUACGUGCCAACGUGUUCCGAGUAUGCCAUCGAGGCAUAUACACGGUACGGCUUGGCCAAGGGGACUGUAUUGACAGCAUGCAGAAUUUGCCGCUGCAAUCCUUUGGGUGGCAGUGGCUUCGAUCCUCCCCGAUGGUUCGGCGAAUCCAAACUACAGCCUCCUCCUCCUCCUCCUUCUCCUCCACCUCCUCCUCCAUCUCGCUUGUAAAACUGUGAGCUUACUUAAUCG